AUGGUGCUCUGUGAACAAUCUAGCACACAAAAAUGGAGGAAGCAUCUAAAACCAUUGCACACCAAAUCGGGACGAAGAAGAGAGAGAAUUAACAUAUCAAUUUUUCGUUGUGAAGAAGAAGGGAAGGAUUAUGACUUUGAUUUGUUUAUUAUUGGUGCUGGUAGUGGCGGUGUUCGUGCUACUAGAUUUUCAUCUAAUUUUGGAGCGAAGGUUGGGAUUUGUGAGCUUCCUUUUCAUCCUAUUAGCUCGGAAACAAUUGGAGGAGUCGGUGGCACGUGUGUUAUUCGUGUUUGUGUUCCCAAAAAGAUUUUGGUCUAUGGAGCUACUUAUGGAGGUGACCUUGAGGAUGCUAGAAAUUUUGGAUGGGAAUUGAAUGAGAAUGUUGACUUCAAUUGGAAGAAGCUCUUGCAAAAGAAGAGUUUUCGCUGCAACGUGGAAUGUUGGUGGUCAAUGCCCCAGCGGGAACCUUGAUCUUAGCGAUUUUCUUCAGUGUCAAAUGGGGACAUCUCAUUUGAUGCUUUUCAGGUCGAUAUUAUUGUAGUUACCGAUGGGAGCAGAAUUCUGGGACUUGGAGAUCUUGGUGUUCAAGGAAUUGGCAUUGCAAUUGGGAAGCUUGAUCUAUAUGUUGCUGCUGCUGGCAUGAAUCCUCAAAGGGCUUUGGAUAAAAUUCGUUUUGAGAGUUUGACCGAUAAAAGCAAACUGGAUAACCUGAACUUUUCAUUAGGCUUGUGCCUGACAAAGCCAAUAGGACACUCUCCAUCAUUGACAGUGGCAUCGGAAUGACCAAAGCAGGUUAUCUCUUCAUUUCAAUUAAGGUGAUUUUGCUGAAACUAUACUUAACCAA